AUGUCCCCAGUGACAGUCCAGACCUUUGACUCAGCAAAGUCAAACCGAACAGUCUACUACGUCCAUCUCAACCAAGGCGCCCCACACACCCUAGUCUACUGCUAUGGCGCGGGUGGGAGUUCUUUUCUAAUGGGCCUAUUCGAACCAUUUUUAGAAUCCCAUCCAGACCUAUCGCUCAUCUGCAUAGACCGAUGGGUCCAAGGCAAAGAUGCCGCCCGUACGAGUCUCGCAAUCCUCACCGAGCUAAGCACCAUCACCCUAGAACUUCUGGAUACUCUUCACAUCAAUCAGUUCAGCAUUGCGGCACACUCGGCGGGUGCUUAUCAAAUGUUUGAUCUUGCUCGCUAUGCCCCACAGAGAGUGGAGCAUGUCUUUCCGAUCUGUACCCAUAUCCCCGCUGCUUAUACUGGCUCAAAUAUUAUGGAGUCUAUGUGUACGAUGCCUGUCUUUAUGUUCAAGGCUAUCACGAAGCUAGACUCUGGAUCUGCUCCUAAGUGGUUGGCGGAUAUGGUUACUGGCCUGAUGACGAAGAAUGCGGACGGUAAUGGGAACGAGGGGAUUUGGGUGAUCUCCGGUGAAAGAAAGAAGUUGGUGCUUGAGCAAACGGAUACCGGACGUGGACACAUUCGGAAUGAGAGAGUAGAUCUUGAUUAUCGUCUGGGAUAUGAGCGUCUCGAGGGGGUUACUAGGGAAGUCUUGACGGGCUUGUACCGGGAUUGUCCGAUUGCUAUGACGUGGUUUACGACGGAUAAUGAUGUCUUUUUUGGACUGGAAAGUGCGCGGAGGAUGUCGAAAGAUAUCAAGGUGAAGACUGAGAUUGUAGAUGUCCCUGGUGCAACGCAUGCGGACGUGAUGCUGCGGACACAAGUUUGGGACGCUAUGCAUCACAAGAUCGUCCGCGAGACCGAUAUAUAG